AUGGCUGCCGAACCGGCCGUCCUCGAUCUCUCCAAGAAGCUCGUAGCUGCGGCAGGCGGUCUACCGAAUCCCGCCGCCCUCGGCGAGAUCGAGACCUCGGCGCGUGGACUGGCCGAUUCGUUGCGCGUGAGGAAACCCGAAUAUGACAACCAGACUGCUCUUGGUCAGGGUGGAGUACCUAGCGCGUUGAACACCGUGCUCAGGACCGCACUGAACGCGUCGGCCACACCAACCCCGGAAUAUCUGCCCGCGUUAUACGAGAUUCUUCGUGUGGCGGCCAAUCUCUGCAUGGACCAUGACGAGAACCGUCAGCACUUACUAGACGUCGAGUUCCCUCAGUCAAUCGUCUCCCUCCUAGAGGCCUAUAUCAAGCUCAACCAAUCCCCCACAUACGCGACACCCCAACCCCUCUCUAUACCCGAACUCAAAGUCAUCAAGACAUCCAUGGGAGUCCUUGUAAACGCAACCGUGGGAUAUGAGCCAGUAAAGGACGUCUUGGUCGAGUCUGCGCACACGAUACUCAGAAUAUCCACCUCUGUGUACCCACCUGGCUCCUGGCUGGCACCCAUCGCUCGGGAUCUCUUUCCGAAAGAGGCCGGUUCGCCGUCCGAAGAGGAAGUUCGGGAAUCGUGGACGCUUCGCAGCGGACUGUCAUCCUGGGCAUGGCGCGCACUCGACGAGCUGCGAGAAGAAUCAGAACCAAUCUAUGAGACUAGUGCUCUGCCCGAGUUGACGCGCCCGCUGCAGGCAUUUAGCCCAUCUCAGCCUGAUGAGCUUCCCGCGCUCUUCCCACAAGCGCUCGCUCGGACGCUCGCUGCCACCGACUUCGAGAUUUUCGAAGAGUCAUGCUCCACGUUGGAAGGCCUGGUAAUGGACGAUGAGGAUGCCCGUCUGUCCUUGGCGCGGGGUCUUAUGAACCCGGACGAACACGGUGGCACUGCGUGCCUCACUGACAUCUUGACCUUCAUCGAUAGUGGCACGCAUCACCCAUUGUGGUCUUCAUUGGAGUCCUCGCAAGAGGCUGCCCGCCGUAGCAAAGCAUUUGAUAUGUGCAAGGCGGCGUUGGUCAAGGUUGUGGUGGAAGUGGCAGGCGAGGAGAAGAACACGGAUGUGCUAUGGGACGAUAGUGACGCCUCUGCACCUGGUGGCGCGUUUGUCACUCGCAUGGUGCGCUGGAUACAGGAGAACGCAUAUGCGGACUUCAGCAAACCCAGUUCACGCGACGACCUCGUCAUCUGCGCGACGUUGGCCCUGGGCAACCUCGUCCGACAUGAGGCGCAUUCCCUCGCCAUUGUCAGCGCGCCUAUUGGCAUUGGCCCGGCACUUUCCGCGAUCCUGGCGCCUGAAGCUGACAUGAAGGUCAAGCAUGGUGCUAUUGGACUUUUGCGGCACCUUGCGUACACUCCCGGUACUCGCGCACCGUUGGCUGGCGCCCGGAUUAUCCCGAGGUUACUGGAGAGCGGGAUCUUCGAUCCACCAGCCGACCUCGCAGAGACUGUGCAGGUCAACGCAAUCGGCGUUGUCAAGAACCUAGUCAGCGGCAAUGCCGAGAACACAUUCGCGUUCAUCCUCGACCCAAGCCUUGCUGAUAGCUCUUCAUCCGGUCUUCGCAAGCUUCUCGCUUUGAUUGGCCGUUCGGACAAGACGGCCAUCAAGUCCGAGGGUACACGAGUGCUCAUCAACGCUGCGCGCACCCUUUGGUCAUCUGCGGCACCAGAAGGCGACGCACGUCGCGCAGCAAUGGGCGCUAUGACGAGCACAGACGUCGCGAACGCGCUCGCCCAGCUCAUUGGACGCAGCAAGAAGUACCCGCUCCUUGUGAAUGAGGGAGUUGUUGGUUUGACCUUGUUGAGCUUGACACCGACUGGUGCGAAUCUCGUCUUGGACGCGCUCACUGUACCUCUACCGGCCGAAACCCCUGCUCCUCAGCCUACCGCGAGCAUCGACGACCCCGAUUCGGCAGUUGUUAUGUCACCUACGGCAGCGCCAGGUCGUGCAUUCGACAUGUUGAUCUAUGUCCUGCGCGCCAAGUCUAAGCGCUUUCCGGAGGAGAUUUGCAUCAACACCUGCCUAUUGCUCGGUCAGGUGUCGAAGCCCGUGGAGAACGACUCGCGGAAGGAGGAGCGCGAGCGCUUUGUUCAGGAAGUGAAGCCGUUGCUGGAGAAGGAAGCGAAUCGCGAAGGGGAGAGCAGGUUGAAGGCGGCGGCUGCGAAAGCAGUGGCAAUGAUCGCUUGA